GCCGCCCGAUUCAGCCACCGAAACCCUAAGCCGGAGCAAAACCCUCGGCCUCCCAUAAGUAGCCUCCUCCUGCCACCCCGCCGCCACUUCCUUCUCUCCCACCUCUCCACGGCGGCGGCCUCUCCUCCCUCCUCCCACGCACACGCAGGUCAUCGAGAUGUCGGCGGCGGAGGCGAAGGCGGCGGUGGUGCCGGAGUCGGUGCUCCGGAAGCGCAAGCGCGAGGAGCAGUGGGCGGCGGACAAGAAGGAGAAGGCGCUCGCCGACAGGAAGAAGGCGCUCGAGAGCCGCAAGAUUAUCUUCGCCCGCGCCAAGCAGUACGCGCAGGAGUACGACGCCCAGGAGAAGGAGCUUGUGCAGCUCAAGCGUGAGGCCCGGUUGAAGGGUGGGUUCUAUGUCAGCCCUGAGGCCAAGCUUCUGUUUGUGAUUCGCAUCCGUGGUAUCAAUGCCAUGCACCCCAAGACCCGCAAGAUCUUGCAGCUUCUGCGUUUGAGGCAGAUCUUCAAUGGUGUCUUCCUCAAGGUUAACAAAGCUACCAUUAACAUGCUGCGCAGGGUUGAGCCAUAUGUUGCAUAUGGGUACCCGAACCUGAAGAGUGUUAGGGAAUUGAUCUACAAGAGAGGUUAUGGGAAGCUGAACAAGCAGAGGAUUCCUCUGAGCAACAACAAUGUCAUUGAGGAGGGCCUUGGGAAGCACAACAUCAUCUGCAUUGAGGAUCUUGUCCAUGAGAUCAUGACCGUUGGCCCACACUUCAAGGAGGCCAACAACUUCCUCUGGCCAUUCAAGCUGAAGGCACCGCUCGGUGGCCUGAAGAAGAAGAGGAACCACUACGUUGAGGGUGGUGAUGCUGGCAACCGUGAGAACUACAUCAAUGAGCUCAUCAAGAGGAUGAACUAGGUUCUUGUAUCCUGUGAGAAUGAUUUCAAUGUCUGAGAAGUUAUACUCUAGGGAGUCAAUGCUGGAUCAUGACGGAUGUGCAAUUUUGGCAUUCCAAACAGAAUGUAGGCUUGCUCUUUCAGUAAGACUUCCAAUAGGAUUUUGCUGUUCCAAACAGAAUGUAGACCUGUACCCGUUUAUUUUUCGGUUCUUUCUUGAGGUUGAUGGUUGAUGUGUAUGCUCUCGUUUUAUCACGUUUCUUAGCUUCA